AUGCAACGUCCCACGCCCUUGAUUCUGUUACUAAUACUUUGCACAAGUAAGUCUGAACUUCAGUCCUUCCUUUAGUUUGCCCCCUUCUCCCCUCGACAAGUUUUGCUUAUUACACCCUUGCGACAUUAUCCACUAGCGUGGAAACAGAUACGUCUGCCCAGGACAUUCCUUAUCACUGAAAGAAAUUAAUUACAUAAGUCAGAGGGAAAUUUUGACAAGUGCCAUCUUGGUAAAUGCUAUUGAAGUAGGGAACUGAAAACAGAUAGGAAAUGUACUGUCUGAGACGGAAGUGGGCAGCCGACUUGUCUAAAUGCAAGCUAAGAGUUCUGCUAACUUAGAUAACAACAUACUGUCUUGAAAAGCGAACGUUUUAUGCAGGUAAUAUUAUAAGGUGCACUAAUGGUGCCUUCAACCGGCCCUGAUGCGUGUUUGGCCAAUGCCCCCCAGCAUGCUGAUGUGUGUUUCACCGUCGAUCGCGGCGCCUCAUAUCUUGCCGAUUUUUGGGAUCCUUUUUGUCCACUCUGAACGGUACUCCGCGCCCUGUGGAUCGCAGGUUGCGCUAAAUUUGGGAACGAAGUGACUGCGGAAUCCUAGUUAGUGUCGAUUGUUAGGGUUGGUCUGCGUCCUUUGGGAUGAGGUGGAAUCUCACGAAACCGUAGGAGAUGCUGACUGUUAGGAAAUCGGAGGAACCCUACGUGCACCGACACUCCUAUUCACUCUAUGUACGAAUAUUACUGGUGAAUCAGACCGAAGAAUGUCCUGUCCGACUUUGCAGGGCAGGUAUUCAAGGUCCCGUGCGCAGCAGGCAGGUCAAUGUGACGACUAGCAACCACAUCCUCCGCAAUCACCUUGUCGUGCGACCAUCUCCUAGACCCGCCAAUUCAAGAUUGCUCGAGGGCAACCCGUGGAUCGUUUUGGCGGCAUGUUUUAUCACUUUUGAAUAUGGUUCUGACCCCGCACCGUCAGCCCGUGUUCGUGCAUCCGUAUCCACAUAAAAAAUCCAUUUCUACGCUCUCCGCAAUAGUACUAAACUUGGUAGGCGGCAACCACUCCUCUCCAGCCCGAACCGGGUCUUUUGGGUGCAUCAGAUGUCAGCGGAGUACUGAAUCAGUUCGUCGGGUGCGAGGGGUCCAGGCACGGUUUCUCUGACUCAUCCACUGGACGGGCUAAAUAGCCACGGCUCAGCUCAGUCUCUUCGGCACAUCGUGGUCCUACUGGCUAACGCUCAUGUGUAGAUAUUGACAUUUAAGAUGUCCCAGAAGAUGACUGCUCGCUCUCAUGGCGACAGCUGAGCAAGAGUGUCUUCCCACACAAUUGUGCUAACACGUGCGACUGCAGUAGCAACUCAGCAUGGCCGUAUGUUGGGGCGAAAAGCCGAGAUCUAGUGCGCCAAAUGGUUUGUCAAAUGUCGCAGAGCUCGCCGACGGCACUGUGACAUGGUUAGCGUGAACAGCCCAUAAAUAAGCUGAAUCGAUGCCACUUCCAUGUGGUCGGAACUAAGAGCCAAAGUGCUACCGUAUAUACAACCCUGAACAAGCAAUUCUGACGGCUCUUAAGGGUCUCAUUCGUACUGAAAAUUUGCAAGAGGCUUCACAAAAUUUAAGUAUAAAGAUUUAUGCUUGGGCGUAUGGUGGUAACCGACGCAAUCUGCGACCCUAUCGAUUUGGUGCGGUCGAUUAGUAUGCGAACUCGACUGCCCAAUUGACAAUGGACCCCUUCGUAUUGUAUGCUCGUAUGUGCGAACAUUCUUCGGACGGCGUGCAAUAUGUGCAGGUUGGGACGGAGUACCCGGUUGAACCUGUGAGUGCUUUUUACCAAGCAUUUUUGUCAUUUGACAUCCAAAUAAGUAUGCCGAUUGGUGCCUGCAAUAAUUGAAUACUAUAUCUAGAGGAAUUAUGUGCUUUUCUUUGACCUGCAAUCUCAAUACCAGUCAAGUGGGCCUCUUUUGUUCAUUCUGCGCAAGACUAUUUGUGAUUAGUGGUCAUGCCUGCCUACUACUGAAUGGUACCAUGAAUCCGCUUGCUGUUUGGUAUCAUAGAAACUAUGUGACAUCUUAUGAGUUGCAUCUCUAGCGUCCAAGCCACCAAUGCGUCCUUUGGGAAGCACUAGCUGGGUGUGCAAUGUAGUAGUUGUUUUUUUUGCGCUAUUAGGAUCAGCCGUUAUUUUUUCCCGUUGUAUUCUGAUCCCUUGCGGUUGGACGAAGGCUUCGGCGAAUCCCUGCAUUCAGAAUUACCUUGCUUUACGUAUUGACACGCGGAGUAAAGUGGGCAGUUAUUCUGGUAGCAGACUAAACUGGGCUCGCAACAAUCUAAACUGGUCAGAAGAAAAAUACAUGAGUCCUGGAACAAGAUUCUUAUUCACAUGACGCUUUAGAUUCUCAGUCGGAUACGGCAUCAGAUAUGGCCACAGAUAGAGGUUUACGAAUCUGCGCUUAGAUAGACAACUUAGGAAUAACAAAUUUUGAGCCGAGUGGUACGCUUACCGCUCUAAUAGGGUGCGAGUUCAUGGAAGCAGACCAGAAGAAUGUGAGAUUUUGGUAGGUUCAUGGGGCAAACAAGCCCAGAACACUGAUGACAAGCUAUGCAUGAUAAUCGCGUGUGAGCUCUCGAAGCUAACAAUUAUUCAACUACGCGAGGUGCAACCGACUAAUACAGUGAACUGUCGAUGAAAACGAAAAGGUGAGUCCCAUCUGAGAAGAGGGUAAGACAAUUGUCGGAACCAGAAUUUUCUUCACUUGAGCGUUCGGAUUCAAAGUCACCAUGUGGAAGGUGGGAUUUCACAUAGACCGGAGGCAACGAUUGGGGGCCCGGCAUUGCGAGUGAAAGAUCCUCUGCUAUAGAAGCGAAGAGACGAGUCCCAGGAGGCAGUCUUGAAGAAGAACUUCCGGCGAUCGUGUCUUCUUCUUCUUCUUCUUCUUCUUCUUCUUCUUCUUCUUCUUCAAUCCUCUGCUAUGACAGCAAGCGUUGGAGGUCGGUUACCGGCUCUGAUACAGUUUCAGGCAAAGGGCAUGCGUGAGAGGAACUGGAAGGUCACUCACACGCGGAUGACAGAACAUGCAGGAGCGGCGAGACAGAAUGAAGCCAGCUCUGAAGUCGUGGCUCAUUCAACGGAACUAAGCGACACAACGAAUUACGAUGAGCCGUGUGUUGAUGGGCUUAAGGAUCUCCGACCUCCAUUCUAUUAACAAAUACAAGGGCUUUUCCUCCUCAUUGCUGAGACUUGGCCUUGACAGAGUAAUUGGUCACGCGAAGAGCGCGCAAGCCGGUUUUAUAACAUUCCUGACACAUAUGCGUUUCCUUUCCCCUUGACUUUCUCUCUGUUCCGAUACAUAGUCCCCGCUGCUGGGUGUAUACCUGAGCUUAGAGCGCUGGAAGAGGAAUUUUAUUCGCUUGACACUUUGGAUUCCCAACCAAAUCCAUCUUCAGAGAACUACAGACAAGAAUGCCUUUUUCUGCUCGUCUCGCCAAAUCUGUGUUAACCGGAGGCUUCUAUGAAACACAUUUCGGCAACACGUUAUUGUCAAGACACCUGUGCAGAAACCGGAUCUGCGAAUACGUGGAGACCUCCCGAAGGGCGAAGGUUUCCCAUCGCCGGGCCGAUCAGAGGGCAUCGCGCCCAAAUACAUUGCCAAUAGAAACGAAGAGACGAGUCCCAGGAAACAGUCUUGAAGAAGAAGACACGAUCGCCAGGACAAGAGCUUUAUUAGCUUGACGUUUCGAAUUCCUGCUCGAAUCCAUCAUCAGAGACAUAAUCCUUAUCUGCUUAUGUCUCUGAUGAUGGAUUAGCGCAGGAAUCCGAAACAUCAGGCUAAUAAAGCUCUUGUCCCGGCGAUCGUGUCUUCUUCUUCUUCUUCUUCUUCUUCUUCUUCUUCUUCUUCAAGAAUGCCUUUUUCGUAGGAUGCGCUUGCUCUAAAAACACAAAUCUACAAAACAAUAAGGCAUUGGUUUUGGGGUGACUAUUGGCCCCAGUCUGGGCAUGCAAGCACAACUCCAAUACAUUAGCGGUAUGUGAUGUCGACCGAAAAUCUGAAAUUUGUAAUCAUUUGGGAAGACUUUCUUAGGUAGGGUUGUAAUAUUGAACCUCAUGUAGCGUAAUCCCAAGAUAUUUCAGUCACACAGGCGCGCAGGCUUUAAAUUCGCUUCUCUCCGACCGCCUACGAAAUUCACCUUACCCAAGACGACCAUUUAACCAUCCUAAUUUUUUACUUUGAUUUUCAAUUUCCUUAUAAAUUUGAGCAAAUUUUAUGGAAAAAAUGCAUGAACAUAUCUUUUUUAGACUCAUUUUGCAGACGGUUACGUCUUCUUCAAAUUCUAUAUGUGGAAAAGGACAGCUUUUGAUUUAAAGAAGCCUUUUAGUAUGAAAUUCUCUAAGAUUGUGACAAGUUUAUUAAUGGUACUUAUGAAUUAUACAAUGUGGUCCAUAUUCAUUGCCCAAAUUUAUGAGCUAUGUACGUAUGGCUUCUUCUUAAUAGCGUAGAAAAAUGUGCAGCUUUCCCUAAAUAAAAAAUAAAGUACUCGUAGGUUGAAAAAUCAGAUGUAAGUGAAACGGCGGUUUGUGUUCCAAUGAUUCUAGAAUUAGAAAACUGUUUUAGGACUAGAAGAUUCCCUCUAGUAGUAAAUGAGCAUAAGACGUAAUUUACGACUAAGCGGGACAAAAAAUAUGUUUACGCAUACCUUUUUACUAAAUAUAUUGAGAUUAAUUAGGUCUCGAGAAUGCAAUAAAAAACAAACAACCUUAGCUGAAAAUUGCUUACCGAAUGUGAUUUGUGCACGCAGCCGGAAGGAGGUAAUGUCUAUGGCCGGUAUCCUGGCAUAAUUGAAAUAUCAUGGUUAAACUCUAGAGAGUAAUGAUUCUUAUAACCUCACCCAAGUACUGCUUUUUAAUCGAUGGCAAAUUUCAGAAUUUCAGUUAAGAUUUCAUGUGAUAGUCACCUACUGUAACAAUUUUCCAAAGUUUUUAUUGAAGUGCCCACAUCGUGAAGUAUGAAAUACCUUUAAACAAAGAUUUUUUGCACUUCAGGCUGUUUGGCCAACAUACAAUAUCCGAAAAACAGCGACCUCUUUGUUUAUAUCGACGCAGAGGAAAAUAUAACGGUGAGUCGGCUUAACAGCGAGUCCAAUAAAGUACCUCUUGCUGCAUCUGUCGUGUCUACCUUCAGAAUUAUUUGUUUCCUCUUUUCAGGAUGUUACGACGAUCGUUCCGAUGUCCCAGGGCUUCGAUGAUGCCCCAUGCAAGGCACCAAAUUUCUGUUGGCAAUUUGUCAGCCGUACGUUCGACAUGCCUUGAUCUGCUGUGCUGUGCACAAAUAAUUGUUUUACUAUUUACAUUUCCACCGCUGUUGUGGAUUUAAAUGUCUUUUUAGGUCGACAAUAUGCUAUAAUAGGCGGUCGACUGUCUGGGGACAAUGCAGCCGCUAUCUUCUAUCCAAUGGACCGGCGUCGGGGGCCUGUUGCUCUCGUGUACAAAAAGAUGGCCGGACAAGGCAGUGGUAAGUUGUUUUCAAGUGCUUCCCUGAACGACCGAAGAGCAGAGCAGACGUCAAAGGUGCUCUGCUGUCCCCACGUCUGUCUUUUAAGGAAAACCCGGUGUAUUGCGGAGGAGGCCGGACUGUGUGCGGCACGCGUAGAUGGACUGUCGAACUCUCACGGCCGUUGCGCCUGAACCCACCUCCAGUCGCUCUGGCUCUUUCCUGCCACAGUGUCCAGGGGGUAAGGAAGGAGAGAGCGCGUCAGAUGCUACGCAAGUGCUCUAUCAGUAAAAAACAAUCUCUCGCUCAAGUUACCCUACUACUCCCGACAUGUUACGGAGUGCACAGUGGACCUCGUCGAAUGGGGCGAUCAAACAGGAUAAGAGGUCGGAUUAAGCGAAAUACCAGGAUGGGCCGUGCAACAACGGUAUUACCUACAUGUCUCUGUUUAAACCGCUGACUCCAGGAAGAGACGCCUUAGCAGGGGAACUGAAGCCUGUAAAAAGUAAAAUAAAAUGUGUGACAAUGAGGUACGUAAACGGCCAUGCUGCCCUCUCGGCAGAUUCACCCUGUUGUCAAGCCUCAUUAAGGUUAGACUUACAGUCGAAGUAGGCAAGAAGGGCAGGAUUUAUUGGUACCAAAAAAUUUCGCGACGGCUCCUCAGCUGCGUCUUGUCGCUUCAUAAGAGAGAUAACGAGUGAGAAGUAUACAGCAGAUUUGAAUUCGUGCAGAAAAUCAAUGCAGAAACAGCAAGGUCAGGGUUUUGGGUAAAUCUGGCUAAUUAAUAAAGUUAGUAAUUCAAAAACCGUAGGCCAAGAAAGUGAGCACCUGCGCAGAUGGCUCUGAAGACAAGAAAAUAAAACCCCGCGUUCUUCCAUUACGAAACACCUGCUUGAUAGUGGUCACUCCGGCGACCCCAAAACUUCCUUCCGAGUACUUGUUCGGGCACGAACAACUCGGACAUUGCGUUACCUGAAGGCGGCCUAUAUACGACGAAUGAAACCAGAUCUUUGUAAACAAUUGGAACACGUGGUGAACCUAACAUUGCCAUGGUAGCCUUUAGCUCCAUGAUUUUCCCUUUCUCCUCUCAUUUUUGCUCUUUAACAUUCCCCCUUUCACAUUCUUGGCCUACGGUGUUUGAGUUACUAAUUUUAUCGAUUUGUCAGCUUUACCCAAAACCCUGAGCUUGCUGUUUCUGCAUUGAUUUUCUGCACGAAUUCAAAUCUGUUGUAUUCUUCUCACUUGUUAUCUCUCUUAUGAAGCGACAGGACGCAGCUGAAGAGCCGUCGCGAAAUCUUUUGGUACCAAUAAAUCCUGCUCUUCUUGCCUAAUUCAGCUUCGUACCGGGGACAAAAUGCUUCAAAUUUUAAACUAACAGUGGUUUAUCAUAGAUACCAACCCUAAGAUUAAUUUUGCUACCUUCACGGCAUACAUGAAAAACACUGCGUCAUGUGAAUCAAGGGAGGUUUUAAAGUCAUUUGGGCAUGUACAUCUGCCGGGGAAGGAUUAAUGAUGCUAGUGGAUAAUCUAAAAGAAGCUCCCGAAUUCCCCUAGAUGACUCUAUCUCUAAUGUCACUUCAUUCCUUUCUGUCCGCACGCCAGCUUACUACCUACGACAUCAAACGUUGUGCCAUAGGACACAUGCCGCAUAUAAUACAGAAGCAUCUCUUUGAGAGUAUGAAUGGGAUCGAGUGAGAUCCUGGCCACAACAGUGGGGAUCAAAUGCCAACCUGAGAUGCCUUAGCAGUUCCCUAAGAAUUUACCAGGCCAGACGCAGACGGCUGUUUCGCGGUCGUUACCGAUCAUCAGUAAGUCAUAGGAAGUGGGGUAUAUAAAUAUGCCUGUGCCCCACCUGCUGCACCCUUAAUGAGCUUCAUAUGUAUUAUACCUCACUGCAUAAGGCCUAUGACGUACUGAUGAUUGGCAACGACCGUGAAACAGCUGUCUGCGUCUGGCCUGUUGCACUCUUAGCGAGCUGCUCAUGUAUUAUAUGUGGUAUGUGUCCUCUGACACAGCGUUCGUUGUCGCCAGUAGCAAGCUGGCGGGCGGACAGAAUGGGAUCGAGUGAGAUCCUGACCACAGCAGCGAGGGUCAUUUGCCUAACUGGCAUGUUUAUAUACCUCACUCAAUAUGGCCUAUGACGUACUAGUGGUCGGCAACGACCGCGAAACAACUGUCUGCGUCUGGUCUUUCGGCAUCUUAGGGAACUGCUUAUGCAUUAUCUGUCUCCAAUAUUUGGUUUUCUGAUUUGUGAAACGAAAGAGUUAGAAAGUUUUCUCUGAGUCUGUUUCUGAUAAAGCUGACACGCGGAAAGAGGCAAUUUUUAAAGACUGAAAAUGCCAUCUUUGCCAUUUUCGUAGGGAAGCUAGCUGACUUUGUGAAUACGAGAAAUCAAUUCCCCGAAGUUCGGUGAUACUUAAAUAAGGAACAGGAUGUGAGUGGGGUAGCAAUAGUUAGUUAAUGUGGGCUGGGGUGUGGUAAAUCUUUCCAUUCGACCAUGUUUCUGAUUUAUGGCUACUGAAAAUAAACUUAGUUCGAUCUGUCCAUCUGAAGAUAUAUUUAAAUACGUGGAGCGGACAUUCAAGAGCUCCAGUGUCCACCAUAUAUCAAUAGCAGUAGCAAAGAAAGGUGAGUGACUUGCUACAGGUAUUAAGACACUUCUCACUGAAAACGUCACUGGGCAGCUAGUUUUAAUAAUUUAGACCACUUUUGCGUUUGGUCUUGACUUUCAAAUCGAUUUAUGAUUAUCUACCAUCCGACAAAACUUUCUCCCGUCUUUUAUUUGUCAUAACCCGAAAGCAAGCUCCAUAGAGCGGCAUUCUGUUCGGUUUUCUACGGCGGCCGUUGCUCGAUUGGUUUAGGAUUUGGACGGCGGUAAUUUACAGAUCAGAUGUCAAAUGACCUGCCGUAAACAGUGGCAUUAAUGUUUACGAGCAGCGCUCAAAAAAUGUGUAACAAGUGUGUUGAAUUUGAGAGAAAUCAGUAAAAUAAGUCUCUUUAUUUGGUAAGUGCUUGAAUGAUUAAUCGCUAACGAAUAUUUUUAGGUGGCAACUAGACUCGUUCCUACUGAAACUCAGGGAAUCCGGUUUGGGGAACCUGUCUCUUAAUGGGGGAUUUUUGCACGAUUUACCAUCCCGUUAGUGAAUAGCAUCUAGCAAACUUAAAUGCUAUCGGGGGAAUUUUCCUUCUUUUUUCUCGAACAUAAAAGAACUCAUUUUUGUUAUAUACAUUUAUAGAUCCACUGAUGCCGUCAAAUGUAAAAGUAAUCGACACGAUCUAUGUUAGUCCUGAAGAAAAAAUCAACCAACGUCUCAUUUUUGACUCGGAGAUUCGGGUGAGUCUUGGGUAGGUGAUUAUAUAAUGCUCUCAUUGAAAGGGAUUUUCUUGCUGGAAAGAGUGUUAUUUUUAAUCCUUUCAGAGCAUUUUUGUCGUCGGAUCGAUGGAUCUCAAGCCAUCCCCGGAGAAUCAGCUUCUGCUUGUCACUACAUGGAGUAAGUUACAGUUAGGCAAAACAAAAUUCUCUCCAUAAAAACAUACACAUACACACAUACAUCAAGGUUCUAAUUCCAGACUCGUCCGAAAAAUAGAUGCUCCUUUUCUGAUGGGUCAGUAAAACACUGUAAUGACUGGGACUCGGUUCGUACGCCAGGUCCCGGGAAAAGGCUGUGCAAGGAGAGGAAAUGAAAACGAAGGCCGAGAUGAUUCUAAGGUCCGCAUGACCUUGCACAAUGACUAAAUGGGGUUGAUCGCGUCAGCACAGCCAGCCAAUUGCGGCACACCUUCCCCCCUCCAGGACACUGGCAGACUCAAGGUCAGUUACGUCGAUGACAGACCCCAUUGUUCCAAGUUGGCGGGCAAAUCAACUGCGCGAAGGGAAUGUGCGCCUAAAAGCCAAAUUAGCCUAGACGAAGAAGCCCUGAUCUCAAACGCACGCGAGGUGUAAUACAAGUUAUAGGCAAGAACUCGCAUGUAACAAACUUCAGGUGGAGUGAAGACGUAAUAUGACGCCUUAAGAGUCCAUAUUGGCAGCCGUUGAUAUUCUUCUCCCAAUCCACGCACUCUGAUCCAUAAUGUUGCUGCACCGUCUUUAUUUCCGGUUGAAGGGUGACAUCCAUCUGAGCAUCAAAUUUAUUGCGGUGUGUGUACACACAUCUGAAGUGACAAAAACAUAGAGGGUAGCGUAUGUAGGAGUGAACGCUGACAGUCAUAGCAUAGACAGAGGAACGAUUUACUUCAUGAAACAGCCACGCCAAACAGUUGUUCCGUUGACUGAUCUGCGAGCUGAAAAUCUGGCCUCGACGUAGAUUUAAAAUAACAUCCAACCAUCAAUUGAUUCCACUUUAUUUUAAAACUGGAUCGUUGGCAAAUAAUAACUGUCUCUGCCGGACAGCGCUAAAUAGGCCGCUUCAGAAAAAAUGCUCUAACCGCAAAUACGUAAAAUUUAUGACAGUGGAAUUUAAUAAACCCACAGUUGAGUCAUUUCCUACGAAAGUAUCACUUACGACAGGAUUACUUGAUUCGUCCUGCUUUGUCUGAUAUGUCACAUGCAUAAAGUAGGUCUCGUGACAGGCAGAAAAACAAAACUUACUCCGACUUAAUGCGUACGGUAGAUGUGUUAACUCGAAAAAUGUUAACUGAAAUUCUGAAAUGAGUUUUCGACUCGAAAAGAUUACUUAAGUAAGGUUAUUCUAUUGAUCACCAUCCAGCAUAAUCCCAAAAUAUCUCAGGUAUUUCAAAUUGCCAGAUUUUGAACACACUUAUUUCCGGCGGACAGCAACAACUGCCCUUUUUUUAAAAAAGUGACUACUUAAGUAGUAGGAAUUUUUCUCAUUGAUUUUCGAUGCCCUUGCAAAUUCAAAUAUAUUUCAAAGAAAACAUGCACAAAAUAUUCACUCUUUCAUUCAUUUGCAAGAAAAUUACGUACUCUUCGAUAUUUAUAUUUUAUGGAAGGGUUUAAUUUGGUUUUGAAACAGUUUCUAAUUAUGAGAUUUUUUUAAGAGUGCAAAAAGCCCCUUAGUGAAACAUCGAUUACUGCAUUUACUAAUGCUGCUUGUGGGAGUUCACAAUAUGGCUCAAAUCUGCUGUUAAAUUUUCUGAAUCCCAUAUGGUCCCCUCCUAAUAGCAUAUAUAAAUGUAUGAUUUUCCGUACACGGAAAAUAUACAGCUUGUAGUUUGAAACCCCGUAUGCAAGUGUAAUGGCAAGUCGAGUUCCAAAUUAUUCAGGAAUUGGAAAAGUUUUUAAAAUCGAAUUAUACCCAUCCUUCGAAUAUAAAAUUUUAAAAGGCGUAAUUUUCUACCGAGCGAGCAAAAGAACGAAUAUUUUCAUGCAUGUUUUCUACGACAUAUAAUUAAGUUUUUAAGGGAAUCGGAAAUCAAGGAGAAAAAUCUAUACUGCUUAAGUAACCAUUUUUUACAAAGUGUAUUCUUUGCAGGCGGUCAGAAAGAAGUUCUUCAAACGAUGGCAUGCUGAAGUAAAUGAAUUAUCUGGGGAUUAUGCUGUACGGUGAUUAAUAUUACAACCAUAUUUAAGUAAUCAUUUCGAGUCGAAAGCAUAUUUUAGGUUUUCGAUUAAAAUUUCACGAGUAAGCAUAUCAAUGGUGUUGUUGCUGCUUCAUAGUACCGAGUACUGUAACGGGCCUUUUUUCUGAUCACUUCGUUUUUGGCUGUUUGCUUACGUGCACCGGUAAGAAUUUCCUUUUUCUCAACUGAUGUACCACCAACUAUUAAAUUGUGCAAUAUUGUGAAGAGGAACAAAAACUGUAACAGUGUAGUUAAACCUUCUGGGAGAAGCUUUCAAUUUUCCUGUACCUAAUGGGACCACAGAAUUUGACUGUACAACUAUCGCCCUACCUUAACUAAGCAGUGUCUUGUGUUAUCAGAAUGAAAAAAUUCUUUAACAUGAAGAAGCAUAGUGUCCAAGUGCCGUAGAACACCAUUAUGCGAAUUCUCGGGGGUUCAUAAUAAAACAAGUACAUAUAAGGAGGAAUGUGUAGACGCAAACAUAUUUCCUCGAUCAAUUGUUGUCCCUCUUAUUUGAAUUAACUUGCUACAAAAAUGAAGUUGUUAUACUGAAUUCGGCGUUAAUAAUGGGUUAGACUUAAAUGCUUCUCCAAACAAAAACAAAAACCUUUAAAGCUCACAGUAUACCGGUUUCACAGAUUCUGGAAGAUAUGGAUUUGCAUAUUUUCUGAAGGCUUCGAAAAUACCUUAUUUUCCUCGUUUGAACGUUCGUCAAUUCAGACAGUUACAAAUUCCCCUCAAACGGCCUUAUGGAGAAAACUGAUAACUUGCCAUUGUUCUUUUUUGUGUUUUUUUUCACCCGCUGAACUUUAUUUAUUUCUGUUAAAGAUACAAAUCUCAAGGAUAUGCUCUUCCUGACUGGACGCAUGAACGAAACGACAUUGAAUGUCAUGAUUACAAAAGAGAACGAAACGAUUUCACAAGUCAGCCUCAUUCCCGUACCUCUCCCACCACUAUCGCAUCCAAUCUACGUAACCUGGUCGGUCGACAAGGCCAUGGCAAAUACGAAAAAGCAAACAAGCCACUUACUGCAAUGCUUGAACCGAUGUCAACAGUCAUUUUACCAAUUCCUAGGUUGAGAGCCCUCUGACGGUACGGAUGAUUCCUUAAGAAGGCGUAACUGACAUUUCACAGAUCACAUUGGCCGAAAUUCCAUGGCAAAUAAGCCCAAACUAA